AUGGAAAUCUCUAGACCGAACAAGUUGAUGCCACAUUCAGCCGUUGAUGUUGUUGGUGAGGCGAAAAGGGACCAAAGAUGGCCGACAUCGGAUACGGACAGAUUAUCUGCUUACCCAAGCGGUGAUCGAUCAAAUCUCCUACGCUCUCACGCGGCCAAAUCAGCAGAAUGCAGUCAAGGGUCUCCGCGCGCGAGGAGAGUACCAAGGGAGUCCCGGAGAAUUUCACUUGCGCAGGCACCGGGCUAUGUUCAGCUUAACCAAUAUAGACUGCUUGAGCCCAUUGGACAGGGUUCCUAUGGAAUCGUCAAGUUAGCAUAUAAUGAAGAAGAUGAUACGCAUUAUGCAAUGAAAAUUCUAUCGAAACGCAAAUUGAUGCGUCGCGCGGGUUUGUUUGGGCGGGCGCCGCCCCGCCGCCCGGGCCCGGGGCCGCCACCUGACCCACUGCAAAGCAUCUACAGGGAAAUAGCCGUGCUCAAGAAACUGGACCAUCCUAAUGUAGUUAAGUUAGUUGAGGUAUUAGAUGAUCCAGCAGAGGACCAAUUGUACCUAGUUUUCCAGCUACUGGAGGGAGGACCUGUGAUAGAUAUUCCCACAGACAACCCCCUCAGCGAGCAGUUGGCAAGAAAGUACUUCAGGGACGCUUUACUAGGCGUUGAGUAUCUGCACUACCAGCGCAUAGCCCAUCGCGACAUCAAACCAGCCAACCUGCUGCUUGGUGAGGAUCGAGUACAGGUGGCAGACUUAGGAGCAUGCGGGGAGCUGGCAGGUGCAGGUAAACUGUCUGGAGCUGUUGGCACACCAGCAUUUCGCGCACCAGAGGCUACGACCCUUAGCGACAAAUAUAUUGGAGAGGCGGCGGACGUCUGGUCGCUCGGCGUCACUCUAUACGCCAUGGUGACUGGCCGUGUUCCCUGGACGUCACCAACAGCUGCUGAGCUGCAGAAGCGAAUCCUUUCAGAGCCUUUGGCGUUCCCUACACGACCCACCCUCUCAAAGCCUCUUAAAAAACUGUUGUCACGCAUGCUUGAUAAGGAUCCCGUUACAAGAGCAACGAUGCAAGAAAUAAAGGACCAUGAGUGGAUAACCUGUGGGGGAAAAGAUCUGCUGCCGUCAGAGCAGGAGAAUUGCAGAUUAGUCGAAGUGACAGAUGAAGACUUAGCACGGGUAGUAACCUCCAUCCCCAACAUCUCCACACUCAUCCUCAUCAAGACCAUGCUCAAGAAACACAGCUUUCAGAACCCAUUUCUACGCAGUCGGGAGAGUAGCUCCCGUCGCGAAUCUAGUGAAACUGGGGAAACGGCCGUUGCUGUGCGAGGGAAACGCACGGCUCUAGCGCGGGCAGGACGCUCGCUCUCAGCUCCUGGAAACUAUCUUACUGACAAGCAAGUUUCAUUCGAUAUCAACUUGGAAGCUGUCGAAGAAACCAAAGAGAAACCAGAAACAAAACAGAGUGUCAGCAAAUCAUCCACAAAGAGCAAGGAAAGCAAAGAAAAUGGUCAAGGGAUUGCACCGCAACGGUGA